AUGGCUGCUCAGGUCGUCACCGUCGGAGAGAGUAAGGACCUCCGGGGUCUCAACCUCAUCGCAGCGCACUCGCACAUUCGCGGAUUGGGUGUCGAUGCCGAUACACUCGAGCCUAGAGCUGCCUCCCAAGGCCUUGUCGGCCAGGAGAAGGCGCGCAAGGCGGCUGCUGUCGUUCUGGAGAUGAUCAAGCAAGGGAAGAUUGCCGGCCGUGCUGUACUUAUCGCCGGUCCUCCCAGUACCGGAAAGACUGCCCUUGCCAUGGGCAUGGCCCAGUCCCUCGGCACCGAUGUGCCUUUUACCACCCUUGCCGCUUCCGAAAUCUACUCGCUAGAGAUGUCCAAAACCGAGGCUCUCACCCAAGCAUUCCGCAAGUCGAUUGGCGUCAGGAUCAAGGAGGAGAGCGAGAUCAUGGAGGGUGAGGUGGUGGAGAUUCAGAUCGACCGGAGCGUCACCGGGCACGCCAAGCAGGGCAAGCUCACAAUCAAGACGACCGACAUGGAAGCUAUUUACGACAUGGGCAGCAAGAUGAUUGACGCGAUGACCAAGGAGCGCGUCAUGGCGGGUGACAUUAUCUCGAUAGACAAGUCAUCUGGAAAGAUUACCAAGCUGGGCCGAUCGUAUGCUCGGUCGCGCGACUACGACGCUAUGGGCGUCGACACCAAGUUCCUGCAGUGCCCUGACGGCGAGCUACAGAAGCGCAAGGAGGUUGUCCACACAGUAACGCUGCACGAGAUCGACGUCAUCAACUCGCGGACACAAGGCUUCCUGGCUCUCUUCUCGGGCGACACGGGCGAGAUCCGCAGCGAGAUCCGCGACCAGAUCAACACUAAGGUGGCCGAGUGGAAGGAGGAGGGCAAGGCCGAGAUCGUGCCCGGUGUCCUGUUCAUCGACGAGGUGCACAUGCUCGAUAUCGAGUGCUUCUCUUACAUCAACAGGGCGCUCGAGUCUGACCUGGCCCCUAUCGUCAUCAUGGCCAGCAACAGGGGCCACUCCAAGAUCCGCGGCACCGACUACAAGAGCCCGCACGGUCUCCCUCUCGACUUCCUCGACCGCAUCUCCAUCAUCAACACCCACUCGUACACGCCCGACGAGCUCAACCAGAUUCUGACCAUCCGCGCCCAGGAGGAAGAAGUCGACCUCUCCCCCGACGCGCUCGCGCUGCUCACCAAGAUCGGCGCCGAGGCCGGCCUGCGGUACGCGAGCAACCUCAUCACGACGUCGCAGCUGAUCUGCGCCAAGAGGAAGGCCAAGCAGGUCAGCGUUGAGGACGUGCAGCGCAGCUUCAAGCUGUUCUACGAUCCUGCCAGGAGCGUCAAGUUCGUACAGGAGUCGGAGCAGAGGCUUAUCGGCAACGAUGGCGCGGUUGAUUUCCGUGUCAAUGGCGGUGCUGGUGCUGCGGGAGAGUCCACGGCGCCUGCUGCUGCUACGGCUGGUGGUGAUUCCAUGGAUAUCAGCAGCUGA